UUAGAGGCGUCAGUGGUAACGUCAUUACGUAAAUGUUUUGUUGACGUGGCGUGAGCGGUAGAUAAUUAACCGAAGGCAAGGUGAGACCGAAAAUAAUCCCGUGGAAGUAUGGAUAUUAUUCAGGUCAACUGAUUGAUCGGUGUUCACGUUUUCAGUGAAGAAAAAAUGUCCAGUAGAAGCCAGCACUAUGGGUUCCAGUCAGCCACCAUGGUGCAGCCUGCCAAUGGCGGUCAUGCCUAUCUGUUCGGAAAUAAUGGCUCGGAGAAUGACCUGUCAGAGGAGGAUGCAGAGAGCUAUGAGCUGCGGCCACGUGGCAGAGAGAGGCUGCGGAGGAGCACUUCCAGAGAGAGGAUGGAAGAUAUUAUCUACCUGACCAGAGAUGUCCAGGAGGGUGACACCCUGAACAGCAUUUCCCUGCAAUACCAUUGCUCAGUGGCUGAUAUAAAGCGUGCCAACAACCUCUUGACAGAGCAGGACUUCUUUGCCCUGCGGUCGGUCAAGAUUCCCGUGAGGCGCUUUAGCGUCCUAACUGAAACUCACAGCACUGGACCUCUCACAUCUGCCUCCCCCUCAGGUGGGAGGCGCCUGCCCCAGAUCUCACCUGUUACCUCUCCCCCCUCUGAGUCCUCCACAGACUCUUCUUCUUCCACCGACAGUGUGGAAGGAUUCCUCCUGGAGAAGGACAAGGACAUUGAACGGCUGGUGAAAUCCACAGGUCCGUCUCGGAACAGCCUGAAUGAGGUUGUGUCCUCCUUAACGCUGCAACAGCAGCAGCCACUGCUAGGAGAAGUUGAGUAUAAAUCAGCACAGAGAAAGGACCCUUAUUAUGGGGCAGACUGGGGAAUGAGGUGGUGGACGGCUGUGGCCAUCAUGCUGGUUGUUGGCAUUGUCACGCCUGUGUUUUAUCUGCUGUACUAUGAGGUUCUCAUGAAAGCUGACGUCAGCCAUCAUGGCAUUCCUACAAAACCUCAUGGCAACAUGUCUCAUGGACAUCUCCAUGGUAAUAAUUUGGACCUUCCUGUAGGAGAACACAACCAUGCAGGGGCUGGACCUGGACACCAUGCUAGAAAUGUGGUUAAUGGAGAUCCACAGGGACCCGGUGCGAUAAAGCAGGAGAUGGUGAACAUGGAGGGCAUGAGAAAACAUAACAAGGGAAUAUAACUUCACAUAUAAAUUUGUUGCUAACACAGACCUAAUAAAACUGGGUGGACAUUCCCAUUUUGAGUAGUUUUUAUAGACUUAAUACAUCAGUGCAAUCUGUCUGACUGGGACAGUCAGGUUUUCUGAGACUAGGAAUAAGGGUGUGGCCACAGUCAUUCCUUGUGUCUGUCCAUUUACAUUUAUAUGCUUUUCAGCGAGUACAAAUGGGCUGAAAAUAACAAAUGUUAUGCUUGGUUGAACUUGGAUACAUUUAAGAGUUGUUCUCAUCAGAAAUGUUUUUGUUAUCAUCUAUGCUGUUGCAUUCUCAGUAAACUACACACAAACUGUAUCCAAAGAGUUAAAAAAACAAACCGAGGCAGACAGCAACACUCUAACUUUUCUGUUUAUUCAGUGAUGGAAUCAGUGGCCACACCCUCCAGAGAUUCAUUAAUUCUGUAGAUUUGGUUUUAAAGCAGUUUUUACUCAGUUUGGUCCAACUGUAUUUUUUGCCAUGUUAAAAAUAGUGUAUUUUCCAACGCUAUUUGUUGGAAAAGUAUGAUUACUGCCAUUGUGUUUAAUAUAAAAUUAAUUUAUUUCAAGACUAUUGAGCAUUAGCCUUACACUUAACACUCAGUAUUGGCGGUUACCAGUUAAAUUAUGUUUAUGGAUUUCCAUGAAAGUUGCUUUGUUUUCUUUCCUUUAGCUUGCCUGCAGAGAACUUUUUUUUUUUUUGUCAUUUCAAAAAAACUCGAAGAGCAUGGUGAAGAAAAUGGGAAAUGCACAAUAUUCCCAUAAUGACUCAUACUUGUAAUUAUGUGAAAUUUUACAUUUAUUUUAUCACUGUGUUCACUUGAUACUUCAUGAAAAAGCAUUACAUGUUGUUGACAGUAUGUGCCUUUCAACCUGUGGAAAUGUGCUACAGGCUGGAAAAUAAAUACAUCUAUUUUGAAUAAAUUAUUGCCAGUGUGCACAUA